UGAUGCAAAUGAUGCGGUGUUGAUUCUGAUGAAACGAAAGCACAAGUGUGACAACGCAUAUAAAUAGAGCAGUGAGCGGAAGGCAGUGGCACAGCUGAUAAACGACGACUGACUGAGAAGGCUAGGUGCAGUGAUGCUAGCAAAUGGACCUGCUUCCUUUAUAAAGCUCAGUGGCAUUGUGGCAAGUGGAUUUCAGUCUAGCUACUAUCGUAUGCAAGGCCAUGGAAGUACCGACCUUACUAAACAAUGAUGCUGAUACUGGCCCAAACGAAAGUGCACAUAGAGUCAGAAAUAGAAGACAGGGAAGAUCACUAAACCAUGGUAGUGGUGAACCUGUAAGGGAGGACACGGAUGAAGGAGGAGGAGGAGGAGGUGUAGGGAUGCGCUGGAGAGGAAGAGCAGCAGACUCAGGCAGAGGAAGAGGAGCAGCAGAUUCAGGCAGAGGAAGAGGAGACGCAGGCAGAAGAAGAGGAGAGGCAGGCAGAGGAAGAGGAGAUGCAGGCAGAGGAAGAGGAGAGUCAGGCAGAGGAAGAGGAGACGGAGGAAGAGGAGAGUCAGGCAGAGGAGACGCAGGCAGAGGAAGAGGAGCAACACAUGCAUCGAGAGGGGAGAGAAAAGAUUUGGGUGCAAGACCAAAAGUAGGAGGGAGGGGGAUAGGAGGAGACAAAGGACAAGGGUGGGAGUCAGAAGUUGGUGUAAGGAGAGAAGACCAUAGUGCGGAUGGUAGAAGGGGUGAGAGAAGAGAUGGUGCGAGAGGUAGACAAGAACAUAAUGGAGGGAGAUCGAAAUCCACAGGUAGAGUUGGGGCACACCAUGGUCAUGGACUGAGCUAUAAAACACUGGAAGAGCUCUCCGAAAAAGAUCCCUCUGUAGUAGCGAUCACCCUGUCUUCUAAACCUGUCCUGCGAGAACUCCUGGGUGGGACAACAAUGAGAAAUGACCUUGUUGGACUCCUCUGCCUGGUGCUGAGUAAAGCCUUCGAAUCCCGAGCGGAGAGAGGCACUCUGCAGCACCUGGCUGGCAUCAUCAAAGAGUCCGAUUUCUUCUCCACCGUCCUGCCACGCUAUCUGGUGGGCAUGAGCUCAGAGUUCAACCCCAUCCGCAGGGCACAAUACCCACAGGACCUGAAAAACAUCCUGGCUAUUCUGUCAGAGGUCAUCAACACCUUUCCUGCUAGCUCGGUAAAUUCUGUGACUUUGCUACUGACGCUUAUCCCAGCAUCCGUCUGCAGCCUGAGGACAUCAGGAGUAGAUAUCCAGCCUGAAAUUGAGGAGAGAGUGGAAAGUAUUCAGGGCCUCAUCAAGCACUUACAAGAGAAAUCGAGGGAUGGGACCCUGCGCUCAGACAGGGACCAUUACGCCCUCCUACCCACUGCAGGUGAAGAAGACCAGCAAGACUUCAGGACCAUAUCCAUCUACCCAACUCCUGAGGAGUUCCAUCAGGAAGAAAGGCCCUUCCUCAGACCCAACCUCACCUCUCAGCGCUACGCAAGCACUCACCUCUACCUCGACACACAUUUCCGCCUGCUGAGAGAGGACUUUGUGAGGCCACUUCGUGAGGGGGUCCAGCACUUGCUUCGGAGCAAAAUGGAGAAGGGUGAUAAACCACUGAAGACAAAACGCUUUGAUGACAUCAGAAUAUAUUUCGACACAAAACUGGUGGUGCCCAAAUGCACAAAUAAUGGCAUUGCCUACAUUGUCCAGUUUGACAUUCAGCCACUUAAGUUUGUGCGCUGGGAGAACUCAAAGAGGCUGAUCUUUGGCUCCCUGGUCUGCCUGUCGUGUGAUGAUUUUGAGAGCUUCUUGUUAGCCACCGUGUCAGAUCGGGAUCCCAAAGAACUGGCAAAGGGGCAGGUCCAGAUUGCCUUUACUGCAGAGAGCAGGUUCAAGUUGGCGGAAAUGGAGAAAGAUCAGUUGUUCCUGAUGAUUGAGACCACUGCCUACUUUGAGGCCUAUCGAUAUGUUCUAGAGGGCCUACAGGAGCAGAAUGAGGACAAGCUGCCCUUUCAGAGGUACAUCGUGGAGUGUAACAAAGAUGUGUUCCGCCCAGCUUACCUGCAAUUAGAAGAUGUUUAUGACCUGUCGGACGUUGCUCUGCCUCAACACAAGAGGAGUCUAAAGCCAUUUGUCAGCCUGAAUCCACAGGCCUGGCCUCAAAUGACGAAGCUGGGGCUGGAUGACUCUCAGAUGAAAGCCUUCCAGCUGGCCCUCACAAAGGAGCUCACCAUCAUACAGGGACCUCCUGGCACUGGAAAAACCCAUGUUGGACUCAAGAUUGCUCGAGCUCUGUUGGCCAAUAGGAAACUGUGGAGUGAUGGAUUGGACAGGACUCCGAUGCUGGUGGUGUGUUACACUAACCAUGCCCUGGAUCAGUUCCUCGAAGGCAUUCAUACAUUUCUGCCAAAGGGGAUAGUGAGAGUGGGAGGCCGCAGCAACAGUGAGAUCCUGAAGCAAUUCAAUCUAAGGGAGCUGACCCGCUCACCUGACUUCAGACAUUCGCUUCCGUCUCACCUGCGUUUUGCAUUUAAUGAGGUUUACAAGGAGCUGUGUCAGCAGGAGAGGGAUAUCCAGAGUGAGAGUAUGAAGCUGGAGUGUUCCCUGAAAGGCGUCCUACGUGAAGACUUCCUACAGGAGUUCAUUUCAGACAUUCACUGGGACAGUCUGCGCGAGCAACCUACACAGGAUGGUUUCUUGAUCUGGGGUGAGAAGAAGAAGCCCAGUCAGAUGAUGGAGUGGUUGGGGUUGGGUUCCACUGUCUUCCUGCAGAGGGAGACAGAGAAUGCAAAUGGAAAUGAAGCAGCAGAUGAAGAGAUGGAGCUGGAUGACGGAGACGAUUUACUUUAUAUACCAGAGGAAGCAGAUCUGAUCCAGGCGGAGCGGAUUGUUGAAGACAACAUUGGUCCCAGAGGUGGAAGAGAUGGCAAAAAGAAAGACGAAAUGGCAGAGACUUUAAGAGCAUUAGAGGAUCUGAUGCUGGCUAUGAACCUGGAGGAAACUGAAAUACAGGCUGAGCAGAGCGAGGCAGGAUGGGAGAUGCAACGGGCCCAGAAGAAAAAGCUGAAGCACAAAAUCAUGAGAGAGCUGAGGAAUAGCUCGGCCAUGACUGCAGAAGAGGAAAAAGCUGUCUUGGAUAUUUGGACCCUUAGCCGGCCAGACAGAUGGAGACUCUAUCGGUUGUGGAUGGCUCGCUACAGGGUAGCACUUUCCACCAGAGCACUUCGGUCUGAACAGGCCUAUCAGAACGCAGUGGACAGAUUGGCUGAUAUAAAACGUGAAGAGAACGUCCAUCUCCUCAAGGGAGCCACGGUCAUUGGCAUGACAACAACAGGAGCAGCCAAGUUCCGCAAAGUUCUGCAGAAAGUGCGUCCCCGACUGGUGAUCGUAGAGGAGGCUGCAGAGGUGUUGGAGGCCCACACCAUCACCACCCUGAGCGAAGCAUGCCAACACCUCAUCCUCAUCGGUGACCACCAGCAGCUGCGCCCCAGUGCCACAGUAUACGAACUUGCAAGGAACCACAACCUGGAGAUGUCCAUGUUUGAAAGGCUGGUGAAAAUGGGACUUCCUUAUGUCAGACUUGACUAUCAGCACCGUAUGAGGCCAGAAAUUGCCCGUCUUCUGACCCCACAUAUCUACGAAGAGCUGGAAAACCAUCCCUCUGUGUUUGACUACGAAAACAUCAAGGGCCUGAGUACCAAUCUGUUCUUUGUGGAGCACAACUACAGAGAACAGGAGAUCCAAGAUGGGAAAAGCCAUCAGAACCAACAUGAGGCUAAUUUCGUAGUCGCUCUUUGCCGCUAUCUUAUUCUUCAGGACUACGAACCAGAAAAGAUUACUAUCCUCACAACUUACACCGGACAGCUGCACUGCCUGCGCAACCUCAUGCCUGCCAAAGAGUUCACAGGGGUCAAAGUGCACGUCGUUGACAAGUACCAAGGAGAAGAGAAUGACAUUGUCUUGUUGUCUCUGGUUCGCAGCAACCUGCAGGGCAAGGUUGGCUUUUUGAACAUUCCCAAUCGCGUCUGUGUAGCCCUGUCUCGUGCCAAGAAAGGGCUCUACUGUAUUGGCAACAGUGAAAUGCUGGGCAAAGUCCAACUCUGGAGCAACAUCUUCCACACAUUGAGGCAGAGCGACCAGAUUGGGGAUGCUUUGACCCUGUACUGUCAGAAUCAUCCAGAUCGACAGGUCAAAGCGUCUUGUGCUGAUGAUUUCAAACAAGCCCCUGAGGGAGGCUGCAAAAAGCCUUGCGAGUUCCGUUUGGUUUGUGGCCAUGUUUGCACAAGGGUUUGCCAUCCAUACGACCCGGAGCACAAGAAGUACGAGUGUCAUAAGAAGUGCCAGAAAACUAUGUGUGAUCUGGGACACAGGUGCCCACUUGACUGCUAUAAAGAAUGCCCAGAGAAAUGUAUAGUGAAGGUGGAGAAGAUCAUACCCCGGUGUCAACACACACAGAUGGUUCCUUGCCACCAGGACCCGGAGACAUUUGUAUGCCAGGAGCCUUGCAAAAAGCUGCUCGACUGUGAACAUCCAUGUGUUUCGUUCUGUGGAGAACCAUGCACAAGUUAUUGCAAACAGGAGGUCACCUUAACACUGAAGUGCGGCCACAGCCAGCAAGGUGAAUGCUUUUACAAUGACAGCAAAGACAAGCCUCAAUGUAGGACCCCUUGUGUGGAGCAGCUAAAAUGCGGCCAUGCCUGUAAGGGUAACUGUGGCAAGUGUAAUCAGGGACGGUUCCAUUACUCAUGUUCUCAAAAGUGUGAUCGGCUCCUGAUUUGCUCUCACAAGUGCAUGGAGCCCUGCACAAGUGAUUGCCCCCCCUGUCUGAAACCAUGUGAGAAUUGCUGCGUGCACAGCAAGUGUAUGAAGCCAUGUGGACAGCCCUGUGCUCCGUGCAUUGAGCCCUGUGCCUGGCAGUGCCCUCACCUAAGCUGCAGUAAGCUUUGCCAUGAGCCAUGCGACCGUCUGCCAUGCAACCAACCCUGUGCCAGCACCCUGGAUUGCGGCCACCCUUGCAUAGGUCUGUGUGGAGACAAAUGUCCAAGCAAAUGUCGCAUCUGUCAUCACGAUGUGGUCACAGAGAUUUUCUUCGGCACUGAGGAUGAGCCUGACGCUUACUUCAUUCAGCUAGAAGACUGUGGACACAUUGUUGAAUACACAGCCAUGGACCAGUACAUGGAGAUGGAUGACAAACAGCAGGCAAAUGAAGCUGAGCAGGUGGCCAUAAAACUGAAGGAAUGUCCCAGGUGUCGAACAUCGAUUCGCAAGAAUCUACGCUAUGGAUCUCACAUCAACCGCUGUCUCGCUGAAAUAGAGAUGGUCAAAGUAAAGAUAAACGGACGUCGGGUGGACAUUAAAGAGCACAGACAGGCCCUUCAAAAUCAGUGGGAAGGCAACCUUCUUCAAUAUGAAAUGCAUGACCAUGUGGAAUACAUGGCUGUUAAACUGGUACAACCUUAUCUCACAGCAAAGGAUCUGUGGGUGCUGGAAAACAAGAUGGAUUUCCUAAUCAGAAUUGCAAAGCUGAAGAAGAUCCAAAAGGGAAAUAUGUCGGAAUUGAACAGCGAGACAUUAGGAGAGUAUUUUGUGGAGUUUGUGCGCUGGCUCAAUAACUGGCGCCAAAAAUUCUCAGACCAGCAGGUCUUUGAUUUGCAGAGAGAGCUACAGAGGCUCACCUUCCUGACUGAACUCAACGCCCGUUGCCACAAGGCAGACAUAAGAAAACUAACUGACAAAAUAAAUUCCGAGAUACAAACAAUAAGAGAGGUUUUGGAAAGGAUUGGUCCAUUCACUGAGCAAGAUCAAGACAGAGUGAAAGAAGCCAUGGAGGAGCUAGACAGCAAACUUCCUCCCUCAGGCUUGGGGAUCAGUGAGGAAGAGAGAAAGAUGAUCGUCUCUGCUAUGAAAAUAGCGCCUGGACACUGGUACAAAUGUCCUAAUGGCCAUGUCUAUGUCAUAACUGAGUGUGGAGGGGCUGUGGAGAGUCGACGCUGCGCGGAUUGUGCAGCCACUAUUGGUGGGGAAAAUCACGCACUGGCAGGUGGCAACCAAGUCGCCUCAGAGAUGGAUGGGGCACAGCACCCUGCUUGGUCUGAAGCAAACAACCUUCUCAACUUUGAUCAAGUUGACUUCUGAGAGCCAUCUUAGAGAAGUCUGUCCUUGCCUAAACAGUGCAGAUGUUUUGAUGGUUGAAAAAGGUCAUGAUUUGACUGUCAUGACCCCUUUAUUCAUGCUGGACUGCAUGGGAGGGAUUCCUUCAAACAUGACUGUAAGCACCAUAACCUUUUUGAAUGACAUUUACUUUGAAAACCCAUACUUCAUUUGUUCUACCAAUAUUAUGUUAAUCGUUUGUUUUACUGUACACCAACAAAUAUUCAUUUUCUAACUUUUGUUCAUGGAAGUUUGAACAAUUCCUGUUUUAGACAUAAUGUGUUGUGAUAUUGUAUUUAAAAAUUGCUUUGCUUUAGAAAGUACAUACAAAGGAUCUGUAACAAUUAAGAAAGCAAUGCAUUGUCGAUAGUUUGAAUCAUUUGUUUUAAUAAUGUUUUGUUUGUUUUAAACAUGUACUAACUCCUUUUUAGUUUUUAAGUUCAAGAUACCUUAUGUAAGUGACAGUUGUCCUGUUCCUUAACAAUAGGUGGCAGUAAAAGACCGUAAAAGAACAUGCAGAUAAAUGUUAUCAAUAGUUAACAUGCUUGUUACAUGUUCAAAUGGAAUAAAUGUGUUCUAAAUCUGA